AUGUUCUUCACGAAGUCUUCCCUCCUCUUCGUUGUCUUGGCUUGGACUCUCAACUCUGCGGCUGGUAUGCCUGCUGAGAAGAGAAGUACCUCUAACGGAUACAACGGUGACCUGGCGGAUAACUUCAAUUCUUUCUUCCAGAACUUCGGUGGCUACUCCUCCGACGGAAACUAUAAAGGUGAUCUUGCCAAGGAUCUCUCCAAGUUCGCAAGUGGCUUUGGAGGUAAGUUGUCCGACCAGGAUGCUCAGUACUGGGCCGAAACCUUGACCAACAAGAAGAACAACGGUGGCUUCGGCGGCUGGUGGGGCGGCAAUGGCGGAUCUGGAUCUGGCCAUGGCGGAAACAACAACUGGGGAUCUGGACAAGGAGGUUACGGUAACGGCUGGAACAACAACGGCAAAGGUGGCAAGUCUGGAAGAAGCCUGGCUGCACGAGGCUCGCAAGGCAAUUCAGGUGGUGACUCGAAGAAUGACCAAGCCUGGGGAUCUGGCGACUCAAAGGAUGACCAAGGUUGGGGAUCUGACAAGCAUUCCAACGACAAGAACGGUGGAUCCAAGGGCAACUCUGGCAAAGGCUCUGGACAUGAUAGUAGUUCUGAAAAAGAAGAUUCUGGAAAUCAUGGACAAUCUGGCGACAAGGGUUCUUCUGACAACUCGAAGGAUCAGGUUUGGAGCAACGAUCAAGGCUCCGACUCUGGGAAGGGCGGCUCCAGCUAUUCUGGAGACCAAAAGGGUUCCUUUGGUGAUGACUGGAACUCUGAUAAGGGCUCUUCAGGUGGUGGCUGGGGAGUUAAGAACAAGGGCAGAGAAAAUGGAAAGGGAGGCAAAAACUCCUCUGGCAGUCACGAAGGCUCUGACAAGGCCUCCGGCGACAACAAGGGACAUUCGGGGGAUAACAAGGGACACUCGGGCAACAACAAGGGAUCUGGCGACAGCAAGGGCUCCGGUGGUAACAAGGGUUCUGGCAGCAACAAGGGCUCCGGCGACAACAAGGGCUCUGGCGGCAACAAGGGGUCCAGCGGUAACAAGGGUGAUUGAUGGUGAUUCCAUUCGUGAGCAGUGGUCGCCCUGUCUAUGCCACUGAUGAAUGACACGAUGUGGAAACACCUGGUGCUAGACUCACACACUCUUUUGACCUAGGAAAUUAGUGCUAUGCAGACUGAAUAACGAUAUUGACU